GGGAAGUCGGAGGCCUCCUGGUGGUCCUCUGGCCAGCAUCCUAACAAUUCCCCUGAACAGCUGUCAGGCAGAACAGCUGUCCUCCUGUGAGUCCAUCCAGGCGGCCCUGCCUCUCCCUCUCGGGCCGCGACUGAAGGUGAACUGAUGGCCUCGGAGGUGGCCGCGCGGUGCUGGGCCCACGCGGUGCUGGGCCAGGGGAAGCGACGGACAGGCCAGAAGGUUUCCCAGCCCUGUUGAGCGUGAUGGUGCAGGGCUGUUGUUAUAAUUUUGGUUUUGCUCCCCCACCACAUCCUCCCCAGUCCUCUUGACUUCCUGUUUCCCCCUCGAAUUACAUCAGUUCAAGGCAUACUGAAUGAGCAUCUUCUCGGAUCUGAACAAGUGUCAGAACUUCAGAGGCAUCAGCAAUCUUGUGGAGCUGCCCAUGGCCAGUGCUCCCUCAGCCACCCCUCGUCUGUGGUCCUGUAUCUCAUUUCCUCAAGAGAUCCCCUCUGAGUAGAUGUAUUCCUUCCAGCUCCCCCGUUUUCUGCAUAUCCAGUCACUUCACCUCCCGUAGAUUUUCUCCUCACCACGCGGAGGUUUGAGAACUCUUCCAUCCCUCCCUGACCUCCUGGCCAGGUCCAGAUCUGUCUCCCCUUCUCUCUACGUUUCACGCUCAUCUCAUGCGCCAGCUUCUGCCACCUCCUUUUCUGCAACAUUUUACUCAGCAAAUAAUGAGUUUAUGAUCUUCCCGUCCCCAAAUCAGAUAGACUAUUCAUGCACUCAUUCUUUCAGCAAAUAUUUAUUGGGGUCCUAGUGUGUACUGAGCACUGUUCCAGCUGCUCUGGAUCCAUCAGAAGAAAAAAAGUUAAGACCACUGCCCUCUGCAGCAAGAAUCUCCAUCCCAGGCUGGCUGGUCCUCCCUGGAGCCCAGACUCCUCCAGACUCCUCCCCUGGCUGCUGUUCCUUCUGCCUCUCUUGUGGGUCCUUCUCAGCCCCCUCCCUUUCCCUCCCCCUCCCGGCCCUGGACCACAGCUGCCUUCUCUCUCAGUUGAUGAUCCCACCACCCUCCCAGCAUUCUGCAUUACCAUUCUAACCCCAAGCACAUCUUACUGAAGUUAUAUGUUUCACCGUCCAUCUCCUGAACCAGACGGGAACAUCGCUGUUGGAUACUCCAUCUGAAUUCACUGUGUCAUCGAAUCUUCUGAAAACGACCCACGCUGCCUGUGUUUGUGGCCAUUACUUUCGUCCAGGUCACCGCCAAGACUGCCUUCCUAUUUAUCUUACCUCAGUACAAUGUUAGCAUGCCUACAGCAGACGGCGAGACGGUGCACUACCACUACGGCCCGAAAGACCUGGUCACUGUCCUGUUCUACAUCUUCAUCGCCAUCAUCCUGCACGCCGUGGUGCAGGAGUACAUACUAGACAAAAUCAGCAAACGGCUUCAUCUCUCCAAAGUCAAGCACAGCAAGUUCAACGAAUCUGGGCAGCUGGUCGUCUUUCAUCUCAGCUCGGUGAUCUGGUGCUUCUACGUGGUGGUGACGGAAGGAUACUUAACAAACCCGAGGAGCCUCUGGGAAGACUACCCACAUGUGUACCUCCCCUUCCAGGUGAAGUUCUUCUACCUGUGCCAGCUGGCCUACUGGCUGCACGCACUUCCCGAGCUCUACUUCCAGAAGGUACGGAAGGAGGAGAUCCCGCGGCAGCUCCAGUACAUCUGCCUGUACUUGGUCCACAUAGCAGGCGCAUACCUCUUAAACCUGAGCCGCCUGGGCCUCGUCCUGCUCCUGCUGCAAUACUCGACCGAGUUCCUCUUCCACACGGCCCGGCUCUGCCACUUCGCGGACGAGAACAACGAGAAGCUGUUCAACGCCUGGGCGGCCGUAUUUGGAGUCACCCGCCUCUUCAUCCUCACCCUUGCCGUGCUGGCCAUCGGCUUCGGCCUCGCUCGCAUGGAAAACCAGGCCUUUGACCCCGAGAAAGGGAACUUCAACACGUUACUCUGCAGGCUGUGCGUGCUGCUGCUGGUGUGUGCCGCCCAGGCGUGGCUCAUGUGGCGCUUCAUCCACUCGCAGCUGCGGCACUGGCGCGAGUAUUGGAGCGAGCAGAGCGCCAAGCGCAGGGUGCCUGCUGCCCCCAGGCUAGCAGCCAGGCUCACCAAGAGGGAGUCGGGUUACCACGAAAAUGGGGUGGUGAAAGCCGAGAAUGGAACCUCCACACGGACUAAGAAACUGAAGUCUCCUUAAGGCCAAAGUGCUGAGAACAGCAAUCCUCUCGUGGGGGCCAGCAGGGAGCGCCCCCACCCGCCUUCCUGCUCCAGGCGCCCCGCCUCAAACAGCACAACCCCGUCUUCACACAGGGCCUUUUCCUCUUUCUUACGUCUCAGCUGUCUCCUCUUCUUCCUCCAUGAACCGUUCUCAAUAAAACCAAAAAUCUCCCUCUUUCCCUUCCUCAGACCGCCUCACCUCCUCACCUCUGUCCUGGGUGGGGUUUGCUAGAAGCCCAGGCUCUCUCACGGUUCCUUUUCUGUCGGCCUCCUCUUUCUCUUCUUUCAUGGCUUGUUUCUCUUUCUACUCGUUAGUGUACCUUAUCGUGCAAUUUCUCCAUGUCUGAUUUUUUACAACGAGAGGAGGCUAAGCCUGCAGUGCUGGCCAUCCAGUACCCAGUCCCUGGGACUUGAGUCGGCCGCCCUGUGCCAUGGAGCCUCCGCCAGGCCGGCAGCGGCCCCUCGGUGAUCUCUGUGCGGAUGGGCAGCAGGAGGAGAGACCGGCUCUCUCGGAUCAUCAUCUCCUAGGUGCUGAUGAACUGACGAGAUGUAUGAUUCCAGUUCUGCACGUGCCAUCUUGAGUACCACCCCCCCCUCCCCCGUCCCGGGGGCCCUUUCUAGUCCUAAGUGCCAAGGCUUUUGGCUUUGGGACGUGACAACUCGUUCCAGAAGGAUGGUGGUGACUGAAUUGGGUCCCGUGGCUGAUCAUGCAUUGGCAGCCACCCCUGCUCUCUGUCGGGGACCUGCUAGAGGAGGAUGAGUCAUCACACUCUACAGCAAGAGCAAAGUAACCGGCGCGGUGGGCACCUCCAGAGAGGUAAUGUGGCAGAAACGACGGCGUCGACCUGGCCUUCUGCAGCACGUCCAGCUGCACUGCGCUUCCCAUCUUUCACCAGCAACCAAACCAAACAGCAGUUAACAAACCAGCCCAGCGGGGGACACGCCGGUUCUAAACCCAGCAGCCCUGCCUGUUGGGGGCUGGCCUUGCCCCUGACUUCAUCUCUUUCGCUGCAGGAACACUAAGUUCCCCGGUGACCCCUGGUGCCCCAUCGAGGGUCACCUAGGCCCCUCACCCGCAAGCCUCACUUGCUGACUGUCCUAUGGAGUUGUCGUUGUCUGCUGCUGUUUGCUGAGCACGCCCACAGCAUUUUAGACGGUAUAAACCCAGGCUGACUCAGAAUCGCUCUGCUGGUUAGGAGGGCAGACCCAGCUUUGUUGACGGGAGUCUUUUUGCACCUUCCCCCUACGUGUUCCCUCCCAACCCCCCAAAGACAAGGCUUCCAGGCCUCACAGUGCCUUGUGAGGACUCCAGCAGGGAGCGAGGCUCUCAGGAGGACACCUGAGUGCCGUGCGGAGCUGGUGGGAGCAGGCAUGUUAGUGCCAUUUGAGGGGCUGCUCUUCUCCCUGACAUCAGAAUAGAAAGUAAACCUUGAGUUAUUACCCAGCAUGGGGGAAAUGGGUCUCUUCAUCAAGGCAGCUUCCUUCUCCAGGUCACUUGCCCCAGAGAGAAGUUUUAAUCUCCCAGUGCCUGGGAUUUGCUUCCUGACAGCCUGGUAGACCCUCACCUCUCUGCUCAGGAUGAGGCCCUGGAGAGGGGAAGGGGUUCUCUUGAUUACCAUUAGGAGAGGGACAAUGCUUGUGAAAACGCGAAUUUCUCCCAUCUUCUCCUUCCCUGACACUUAUCUGGGCUGCAAGGGAGAAUGUUGGUGAAAGGGUGGCUUGUACCAACUGAGCGGACCCAGUCUAGAAAGCCCUCAGCCGUUCAAAUAGUCCCCCUCCCCACUCGUGGCUGUAGCUAAGUUUCUGCUCCUGCUUGCCUGGGGAUGCUGUGUAUGUAACCCAGGUCAGCCUGCAGCCUCCUCAGCCUGCCCGCUGGCCUCAUGCCCGGCCCAGUCCUCUCUAGGUGUCCUUGGCCUUGGCACUGCUCCCCGGAGGCCACCCCCCAUGCUGGGGAGCCCUGCAGCCUCAUGCCUUCUCCCUGGGCCGGGGAGGAGGGAGCCGCAGCUGGGGCCCUGCCCAGAGCAGCGUCCCUUCUCGGGUACCAAGGUGAUCACUGACAGAACACAGGUGUUUGGCGUGCCCUUGGUCUCCGCGGUACCGUGUGCCUCACGGUGGCACCACCGGCCUGGGCCCGGGCCGACUCUCACUGCAUCCUAAACGAUGGGGUCGGUUCCCCGAUGAGAGUUUGGGAAAUCUUCCCCACCGUGUGAAGCCCCUGAGAACAUUACGGAAGGCUAGUGUCCCACCCGCCAGCUUCAGGAGUGAUUUGAGGGGAGGCUGAGAGGGUAACUGUGGGUGCCUGUCACCCCAGGCAUGCCUGGCACAUUUGCUUCAGAGCAGAGCCAAGCCUGUGGCAGGUUGGCUCACAGUGUGUGACCAGGGGCCGAGAAAUCUCAGUUCCGCUUGGUCUUGAGAACUUGGGCUGCCUUGUCUUGGUUUGGCCAUUCUGACUCUGUUCUUCAGUCUCAAAUCCUCUGUGAUGGCCCGGCCAGACGCCCCCAAGUUUGAGAGGCUGCUUAGCACCAUCUGCCAGGAGCCGAGCAGACACUUAUCUACCUCAGCAGCCCCACCCCACCCCAUCAUCGCCGGCUGGCACACGUUGGGGCAUCUGGUAGCAUGGGAGAGGAGGCCCUGGGGUGGCGAUCCUAACCCUCCCUGGAGGCUCUGUGAUGGGAAGUUGUUGUCUCGCUCUGGGUUCUGAUAACUGCAUAUUAUUCCUUGGUUAUAGAUGCCCCUUCUGAAGGCAGGGCAGUUCUGGGGGACACAGGAGCAGGCCGAGCUGGGCCUGGUCAGUCCUAGUCCUGCAUGUGUCUCUGCAGACCUGCGUCCUUUCCCAACAAGGGCCUCUCCCAUUCCUGUCCCAAGCAGAGCUACCACACUUCAGAAACCAGACUACCAGCUACCAGACUUCAGAAUCCCUGCCCUGGCCCCCUCUGCAGAGGGUGCUGUUGACUGGAAAGCCCUGGAGCUGGGCCAGGUGUUCCGGGAUGCGCGCGGCUGGGUUUGCUUUGGGGACCUGUUUUCUUGUCACCUUUGACUUUCCUCGGUGCUGAGGAGAAGGUAGGGGCAGGGUGUGUGCCCCCCUCCCGGGUUCAAGUUCAAAGUGGCUGCUCCUUGCAGCCUUUUGGGUUCUUUCCUGGGCUUCGGCCUCCCUGUCGGUCUGUCCUAGGCUGGGGGGCCAAGAAGGCUGGGAGGUCUGCAUGUGACUCGCACCUGCAGGGGCCCCCGUGUCCCAGUGAACAGACCCCCUCUCCUGAGGGUCAGGGCCUGACCUCGUGGAGAGUGGCUUGUGAGUCAGGGCCGCCGAGUGGUCUUUCUCUCUCCACACUGCCAUCUUGGCUCGCAGCCCUCUCCUCAGGAGGGCUUAGGCACGACUGCACCACUGGGCUGUUGACAGAUCACUUGGGACCUAAGUCGAGUCUCCCCCAGGUAUGGCUGCCUCAGGGAGGAGCCUUCACUAACUUCUCUCUCUCUCAGUUCUUGCGUGAGUAGUAAUUCUUUUCAGAAGGCUGUGAAAGACCACGGUUCCCCCAGCCGCCUCCCUUACCAGCUCGCUCUCUUUUAUGGAGGUCCCCAGAAAGCACGGGGACGCUGGCUCUGCGAGGCCUCUUUCUGCCCUGAGCUGAUCCUGUAUCUUUUUGUCAGAAGUGCCUUCCUUACCGGGGUCUCCUGGCCUCCACUGCAGUGUGUGGCCAGCCCCCGGCCCCAGUACGGCUCCGUGGAAAAGGGACACGGACUGUGAGUUUCCCCUCAUUCGUCUUAGCCUCGCCCCCGCCCGUUGUCAGGACCUGGUGGUUUCCAGUUCCUCCUCGAGUCCAGGUGCUUGUGAGGGCCCCUCUGCGGGCAGCUGCCCAUCAGGGAAGCUUGGGGCUCCCUGGGCACCAGGCGCCAUGCCUCUGGCUCAUGCGCUGAACCCUGCUCAUCCAGCUCCCCCGACGUGUAGAAGAAAAGGUAUCCUCGCAGCAGCCUCUUCUCAUCUGUUCUGUUUCCCAUUCGACCCAAAGUUUAUGCAGGAAGGUGUUUACUCUUACAGAUGCCCGUCUGACGUGGGUCCUGCUGGGCUGUGGCAGACGCCCCCUCCGUGCAGUGUUACCUUGUUGAGCAUCAGCUCCCCCUCGCCCGCCCCUUCCCGCCACCUCCUCCCUCUUCCGGGUUGUGCAAUAACUCUCCCAGCCAGUGGUCUUUCCCACAGGCCGUCUGUCCCUCCCAGUGCUCGGCCACUGGGGCAGGACGGGACCCACGGGAGGGUGGUCGUCAUCCCCACAGAAGAAACGGUAGCCACGCUCCCUCUUUGUCGUUCUCGUGACCUUGGUGGCACUCUAGUGGAACAUUAUAGCAUUGUCUUAGAAGUCCCUGUAUUUUUUAAACUGUUUAAAAAGGAAAAAAAAAAAAAAACCAUCCUCACGAUGGGGCAUUAAUAGGUUAGCAUCUGGGAAUAAGAUCUGUGAGACACCCGAGGCAUCACCAGCACUUCGCUGAAAGCAUUCACGAGUUUGUGUGGAGAGGAGGGAGGUUUUCCUGGGAAUCAGCCGUGUGUGGGCACCCGGUCACCCGAUCACAUCUGACCAGUGCUAAGUGCCACCAUCUCCUUGGGUACAGAGUCAAGUGUUUAUGUGAUGAGACGCUACACCUCAUCGUUUUCAGUUUCUCUUGUUUAAUAAACAUCUGAAGGAUGAGCUGAGGCUGCUGGUGCCCUGAGCAACUCAUAAUGCAGAUGUGGACGAAGUAUCUCUUCACUUUUCCACUUCAGCCUGUUCAUGUUAUGGACCAAAUUUCCAACGAGGAACUCAAGGAAAAUUUGUACCUGCCGUAUUUAUGCUUUCAUGUAAAAGGGUUUUGUUUUUUUUUGAGGGGGCUCUUUAUACUUUCAGUGAACUUUUUUCCAAAUCCUUUUCCCACUGUGUCUGUCCGAUUUUAAAACAAAUUACAGUUUUGUAUGAAUUUUUUAAAAUGUACAUUUUGAGACAAAUGAUCAAAUAUUUUUGAAAUAACUGAAUAAAAGGCAUAGAAUUAUUA